GUCCCAAAUCCUGAAACCAGUUAAAAACUUAAAACCUAAAACAUUGGACCCUUCGUCGUCCACAUUUUUCGUUGUCCACGAAAAAAUAGUAAUUAAUAAUUAUAAAUUAUAAUAUUCGGUCUUCCUGUAUUUCCUCUGUGCGUUCCUUUGUUCUCCAGCAUUUAUGCUGUGUGAACUUUUGUUCAUUUCUACGAAGAUUGCUGCUUUUCUACCUUUCUAACAACCCACCUCUUAAUGUGCUGAUUUUCUCAUUUCCAUUUAGUAUCUUUUUCCUUUCAAAAUUGCAUUUUUCUUUUUAAGCUAAAAAAUGUUCGAAUUUUACCGGACCUUUUCCAUAUCUGUGCUGAUUUUUGUGUUUGUUUGUUGAUCACCAUUUUCUUGAGAGCACACUCAUGCUCUUUCAAGUGAAGAAUAAGUGCUUUACUUUCAAAUAUCCCCUUUUCUUUUUCAAAAAUCUUGAUUUAACUUUCAUGGGCCGUUUUGAAAAUGUGAAGCUUUUUUUUGGUUCACCUUUGCUGCAAAUCCCAAGAGUCUCUGUUCAUCAAACACCUUGAGCUGCAACCCAUGUGCUUUUUCAGCAAAUUACACCUAAAUUUGGAAAAACUUGAAAAAAAAAAGAUGCCAUUUUUUGGUUUGUUCAGUAUUUUGCUUUUUGGGCUGCUCUCAAGGUCCCAACUUGUGAUGACCCAAAUGCUAGAUAGUGAUCAGGGGCUCAUAUUGCUUCAAAUUCAGACAGAAUUUCAUGUUUCUAAAUGGAGCGCUCAAAACACCUCGGAUUUUUGCAUCCAGCCAGGCAUUUCUUGCAAUAACUCAUUAGUUGAGUCUCUUGAUCUCUCUAACCAGGGCUUGCGAGGCAAUUUAACCUUAAUCUCACAGCUCAAAUCCUUAAAAUCUCUCGACCUCUCGUUCAACAAUUUCAAUGGCUUUAUCCCACCAGCUCUCGCCGAGCUGUCCGAACUCGAGUUUCUUGAUUUGUCGUUCAACAAUUUCGACGGCCCAAUUCCUUCCGAGUUCUCAAGGCUCAAAAAUCUCAGAGCUUUGCACCUUUCCAGUAACUUCCUCACUGGUGAUAUACCGAAAGAGCUCGAUAGCUUGAAAAAGCUAGAAUCUUUGCACCUUUUCACAAACAGGCUAAAUGGCACAAUCCCUUCAUGGGUUGCCAACUUGACCGGCCUGAGAAUUUUCACUGCCUACGAAAAUGACUUGACUGGCUUCAUCCCUGAUGAGUUGGGCUUGCACAAUGAGCUUCAGCUGUUGAACCUUCACUCAAAUGAGUUAGAAGGCCCAAUUCCUGAAAGCAUUUUCUCUAUGCAGAAGCUAGAGACUUUGGUCCUGACACAGAACAGAUUAAGCGGCUACAUUCCUAAAUCGAUCGGCAAAUGCAAAACCUUGUCGAGUGUCCGAAUCGGUAAUAACAACCUAAGUGGGCUCAUUCCUAGAGAGAUUGGUGACAUCAGCAGCCUAACGUAUUUCGAGGCGAAUGAAAACGGCCUUUAUGGAGAGAUCGUGCCAGAAUUUUCCAAAUGCACAAACCUCACCCUCCUGAAUUUGGCCUCAAACCGGUUUAAUGGGACUGUGCCUCUGGAGUUUGGCUUGUUGAGUAAUCUGCAAGAGUUAAUUCUUUCUGAUAAUGACCUGUUUGGAGAAAUGCCUUUGUCCAUUCUUAGAGUGAGAAGUCUGAAUAAGCUCGAUUUAAGCUAUAACCAAUUCAACGGCACUAUACCAGCCAGCAUCUGCAAUGCGUCUCGGUUGUUGCAGUUCUUGCUUUUAGAGCACAACUCCUUGGAAGGCGAAAUCCCGCACGAGAUUGGUAACUGCACGAAACUGCUGGAAUUGCAACUGGGGAGUAAUCGUUUGAGCGGGAGCAUCCCGCCCGAGAUCGGCCACAUAAAAAACCUGCAGAUUGCUUUGAAUUUGAGCUCUAACCAUCUAAACGGGCAGCUGCCCGAAGAGUUGGGCAGGCUGGACAAGCUUGUUGCUUUAGACGUGUCAGGCAAUCGGCUUACCGGGAAUAUACCGAGUGCUUUCCGGGGUAUGCUGAGUUUGAUCGAGGUAAAUUUCUCAAACAACCAAUUUUCCGGGCCCAUACCCUUGUUCGUCCCGUUUCAGAAGAGCCCGAACUCGAGCUUUAUCGGGAAUAAAGCUCUAUGUGGCGAGCCUUUGACCGUUCCUUGUGGAAAUUCGGACGAUUUUAAUAGUGGUUCUUAUUCUUACCACCAUAAGGUAUCUUACAAGAUUGUGUUGACUGUGAUCGGUUCAGGUUUAGCUGUGUUUGCAUCUGUGAGUGUAGUUGUUUUGCUGUUCAUGAUGAGAGAGAAACAGGAGAAAGCUGCAAAAGAGGCUAAAAUGGCUGAAGAGGAAAUUAACGAGGACCCGAAAAUAAUAGCCGGAAAUGUUUUUAUCGAGAGCCUUAAGCAGGCGAUCGAUUUUGAGGCCGUUGCCAAAGCUACAAUGAAGGAGUCGAGUAAAUUGAGUGUCGGCACUUUUAGCGUCGUUUAUAAGGCAGAUAUGCCGUCUGGGGUGAUUUUAUCGGUUCGAAAACUGAAAUCGAUGGUUCAUAAAACCGUACUUAACCACCAAAGCAAGAUGAUUAGAGAGGUGGAGAAGCUGAGCAAGCUUCGUCACGAUAACUUGAUGAGGCCGAUCGGUUUUGUUCUGUUCGAGGAGGAUGUUGUGCUCUUGUUGCAUCAGUAUUAUCCAAAUGGGACCCUGGCCCAGUUUCUCCAUGGGCCGGGUGAAAAGCCCGAUUACAAGCCCGACUGGCCCGUGAGGCUUGCGAUUGCUAUUGGUGUAGCUGAAGGCCUGGCUUUUCUACACAAUGUGGCGAUUAUCCAUCUCGAUAUCUCGUCGGGCAAUGUGGUUUUGGACUCGAGUUUUAAUCCUUUAUUGGGUGAAGUCGAGGUCUCGAAGCUUCUAGACCCUUCUAGAGGAACUGCGAGUAUAAGCGCGGUAGCUGGUUCGUUCGGAUAUAUCCCUCCAGAAUAUGCUUACACAAUGCAAGUCACGGCACCAGGGAAUGUAUACAGCUAUGGGGUUGUUUUACUCGAGAUCCUCACGACACGGCUGCCAGUUGACGAGGCGUUUGGGGAAGGGAUUGAUCUAGUGAAGUGGGUGCAUGGUGCACCCACAAGAGGGGAGACACCGGAGCAGAUUCUUGAUCCGAGGCUGAGCACAGUCUCGUUCGGCUGGAGAAAAGAAAUGCUGGCUGCACUCAAAGUUGCAUUGCUCUGCACGGAUAACACGCCGGCUAAACGGCCCAAGAUGAAAAAUGUGGUGGAGAUGAUGAAAGAAAUUGGAAAAAAUUAGGUGUUUCUUGAAAAGUGUGUUAUUUUUGACAGUACAUUUGGAGAAUUUGUUUCAGUUUUUUCUUUCAUACCAAACUCAGGACGGUAAGGUAGUCUGAGAAUAUGCACAAAAAGCUUAUUAGUAGCCAUUAUGCAAGAUUACUUACUCUUGAAAUGAUUGCUAGAACUAAAUACAUGAAAUAUUAAAAUUGGUACACGAAAUAACCGAUGUAACAAAUGUAACUUCUCUAAAAAUAACAAAUGUCAAUCGUGUUUGAGAAAAAUAACCAAUGUAAGUGUUCUUCGGUUUUAUAAAAAGACAUUGG